UCUUCCAGAACUGACGGCACAGAGUCUCCGAUAAUUACGGAGAGCGAUGCAGAUACGGAUAAACCGCGGAUGAGAUAUGGAGAACUCGUGAUACUAGGAUAUAAUGGAUUUCUACCACAGGGCGACCGUGGCCGACGUCGGUCAAAGUUCGUCCUGUACAAGCGCGUCGAAUCAAAUGGCGUCAAACGCUCCAAACACUACAUCGUACAGUCGCCUCAGUCCUCGCAGGCCAUCUUGGACGCGAAACAGCACUCCAUAUCGUACACGCUCUCCCGCAAUCAGGCCGUCAUCGUAGAGUACAAAGAGGACCCAGACACGGAUAUGUUUCAGGUUGGACGAUCAUCCGAAUCGCCGAUCGAUUUCGUUGUGAUGGACACACUCCCAGGAGACAAGAAAGAUGCUAAAAUUGUGCAGAGCACGAUUUCUAGAUUUGCCUGCAGAAUUUUGGUGGACCGAGCGGAUGGCAACAAGGCGCGGAUAUAUGCAGCAGGGUUCGAUUCUAGCAGAAACAUAUUUCUCGGGGAGAAAGCCACUAAAUGGCAGGAUAAUGUAGAAAUCGAUGGCCUCACUACAAACGGUGUACUGAUAAUGCAUCCAAAGGGCGACUUUUGUGGCGGAAAUGCGGACUGCGGCCAGUGGCGGGAAACGUCCGUUGGUGGCGAUGUUUUCAGCUUGCGGGAAUGCCGAUCGGCACAACAGAAGGGACAGCAGAUCUACGACGAAACGAAUGUGCUGCAGGAUGGCACCCUGAUCGAUCUCUGCGGCGCGACGCUGCUGUGGCGUUCGGCCGAAGGUUUGCGGCAUUCACCGACAAAGAAGGACUUGGAAAAGUUAGUAGACGAAAUCAAUGCUGGCCGGCCACAGUGUCCGGUGGGCCUAAACACGUUAGUUAUUCCUAGAAAAGUGUCAUUGGGUGAUCACGUCAAUCAGCCUUACGUAUAUCUGAACUGUGGCCAUGUUCAGGGUCAGCAUGGUUGGGGCCAGGAUAAAAAUACAAAUGCACGUCGAUGUCCGAUGUGUCUGGAGGUGGGACCAGUGGUGACACUGUGCAUGGGUGUUGAGCCCGCGUUUUACGUUGAUUCUGGUCCACCAACGUACGCAUUCAACCCGUGCGGCCAUAUGGCGACUGAGAAAACGGUCAAAUACUGGGCAAAUGUCGAUAUACCUCAUGGUACCAACGGUUUUCAGUCGGUUUGCCCAUUUUGUGCGACCCCGCUUGUAGGAACUCCCGGUUACAUAAAGCUGAUUUUCCAGGAUAAUUUAGAUUAA